GCGGAACGUUUCCUUUGCAUAGUAAAGAUACAUAGACAUACAGCAGCGUAUAUGUUUUUGGAAAAAUUGGCUUAUUCAAAGCGUUUUUAUUGUUGAACCAUCCUGCGAACUCCUCACCACCUAGACCGCAGCGGAACGGUAGUCUCCCAAAGCCCGCUGCAAUACAGCACACUCCCAAUUUUGGUUGGUUUGUUUACUUUCGCUUUUACGCUUUAUGAGCAUUUUUGUCAUAAAGUACAUCAUCUACUGUCGAAUUUUAUUCACUCGUUCCUUCUCUAAUCGUAUUGUAACGAAUAUUGGCUCACUUUAAUCUUGCAUGAGUGAACGCAUGUUCCGCCCUCUUAAUUUAACAGAACGUCAGCAACACUCUUUUAAAACAAUCUCUUCCAAAUAUUAAGGGCAUAGGACUCUCUAUCUUCAAAAAAGUACAAACCUUGAAAGAGGGCUUGUUUCAAUUGCUUUAUAACAUCAUUUUCACAAAUAACUUUACGCUGUUAUAUUAUCGAUCGAAACUCAAAAAUUAACUCUAAGAUGUGGUUUCUAUUCCGUGCAAAGCACAAAAAACUGGUUCUUCGAUGCUAUCCAAAUUCUAAAAGAUCGGGAGCUCAACCAAACUCUUCGCCUUUAUCUUACUUAUGUUAUUAUGCUGCCACAAACUCGGUGAAGCUUCGAAAAGUUAUGCUUUAUAUUGAAAAACGAGCGAAACAUUACCUCCACAGAAGAAAAGACACUGAACUCUUGGUUACUCUGAAAAUUUGUGAGGAACUUACCGGAAAAUGCAAGGACAAUAUAAACAUUAUAGCACCAAAUCUGGUAAGCAUUAUGCUUUUUACCUCAGUACAUAAAAGUAUUGAUGUUGUCACAGCUUGCGUGGAUUGCUUCGCUCAGUACUGCGAGUGUACGGAUGAUAACGGUGCAUCUUUUGAUAACGAUUUUUACAUAGCCCUUACAGAGCUUGUACAGUCUUUCCAGUGUUUAAGUAUAACAAACUCUUAUCCAGACCCAAUAGUCGCUCGGUAUGUUUGUCUAAGAGCCUUUUAUGCUUUGACAGCUUCCAGUUUGCUAGCCAGUACUGUCCAACUUGGAAACAAAUCUCACAUGGUAAUGCACGCCAUCCUUACUUCUUGCUGGUCGGAAAGCCCGUCCGAGUCAAAAACCUUUGUCAAUCUGCUUGAGAACUUGAAGCUAGAUAAUGACACAAAACCUUCAGCUAGACAUUCCAACGUCUUCAUCCCGGAACAUGAGGAGGCUGGAGAUACAGCACAGAUGGCUGUUUGGCGGCUUGGUAUUCAUGUUCUGUUUAAUGUUUUCUCAUUAAGUGACUCUGUCUUUUUGGCCGAAUGCACCAAAUCUCUGAUUCACUUCUUAGCUACGAAAAAGGAUGUGAAAGAGAGUCAAGAGUGGAUGCAGGCUGUUCUUUUGCGUGUAGUAUAUUGGACUCCUGUUCAAUUGCGCCAUAUUAUUCUCACAUGCUGUCUCCAAUGUCUUAACAGCCAACGUAUAGAGCAUUCUGAAUCUAACACUGUUGUACCGGCCAUGGUUUAUACCAUUCUUAAUUCAAAAAAUACCAUGUCUAGCAUUUCUAUCAUUGAUGUGCUACGUCACCUUGAGACGCAUAUGUACGUCUCUGUGGAAGCAAACACAGCUUCUGAUCUCGAAUGGUAUAUACGCAGUUUGACUCCUGAGACUGGGUUUCCCAGACGUUUAUACUUGUUGGUUUACUGUGCCAGUUCACUUGCCAAACAUGAAUACUACGGUGAACAACUUGCUGAUAUAUGGACUGACAUAGAUGUAAGUGCUCCGUAUACUGCUCCUUGUCCCCAUCAAAUUGUGGUUCUUUCCGUGUUGCAGUUGGUUACGAAAAUGUCGGCUGCCAAGACUUCUUCUCCUACAAAAUUAUCUGCUGCGAGGGAAAAUGUCAUUCUUCGAGCAUGGAUGUCUUCUGCAGCACGCUUACAUGAGACGCCCUACUUGCACGUCCGAGUAAAAUGCGCGGAGGUCCUAUACUAUUUCUUGAAUAAUUUUAUUCAACCGGUUAAUGUAGACGUAAAACAGUUGCAGAACUCACAUACGGAGUCACCCUACACUGUCGUUUGCAAAUUUUUGUUUUCUAUGUGCGAUCAUAUUCAACAGUGGUUGGCGAAAGCCGAAUGCGCUGGUGAAUACUACACGAUGCACCGCUUACUUUCUAAACUUUUGGAACUGUUUGGUUCUAUCGCGGCUAUCGCGAUGCUUCCUGCUCUAUUUCAAGGUUGUCAAGCGGCAAAGUUCCGCUAUGCUGCCGCAUCAUUAACAACAUCUAUUCUUUCCCUAAUGUCUGAACGUUUUGAAAUUCAAGAACUUAAAACGCUAAUGGGCGCCUGGAUUGAGGAACUUAAAACAUCUUCUAAUUUCCUUACAUGCUCUAAAGUGCCUUCUGCUGACCAUUUUUGGAGUCAACUUGACAUCGGUUCCGUACAAGAUGAAUCUUUGCAACCGUUCACCUUGGACAACACUAUCAGUAUCCUUACGGGACGUCGUCCUGACAUUUUUCCAGACUUUACUGUUGAAUGGAUGCGUAAACGUUCCAAUUCAAGAACACAUAUACUUCGUAAUUCUGAACAGCCCGCUGCACCAAUUCGUCGAUCGCAUUCGUUGAUGUCAACUGUAUCUAAUAUAACGGCUUUGACUGUUCCUAGAACAAACAGAACACAUGUUUCUCAACACACCGAAGGAUCUCGCAGCGAAACACUGAGAAAACCUGUUCGUUUAUUACGUCGCUCUUCGAUUGCAAACUCGUCCAUCCCAGCAGUUCAGAAUCUUCAAGAACUUCUCGCCAGUCAUUCUCAACAUAAAAACACUACAAGCGUUGCGUCCAUGUCGCCGAAAACCACAAUACCGCGGCCCAUUAUCUGUCGACAAUCGCCGUCUCCGACACUUGAACCGAGUAAAUCGCCGUCACUUUCAGUUGAUUUGCUAGUCCCUAGGCACUGCGGAUCACCCCUUUAUUCCCCAGUUUCAGAGCCUCCGUAUGAAAGCGUUUAAGCCGAUAAAGACUACUCCGCUCUAAUUUGUAAGUUUUACAAGCUAUGUAACGUUCCACAUUUAUGACAAUUUUCUUCAAUAAAAAACGUCUACUGUCUGCUGUUUCUAUGUUUAAGCAGGUCUUGUACGCUCAAAGAAUGCCUAAUGCAUUUACUACAGUAACUUCAGAUAUAAAAGUAAAGAAAUGCUGCACCGUAUUGUAUUAACGGCAUAUGAACCAAUGACAUGUUCCGUGUUAAUGAAUGCUAAUUGCGGGUGAAUGAGGGUUUUUUGCAGCGUCGGGCUAAAUUUGUAUCAAACAAAAUUCAUACUUUAAAAAGCACAAAUUGGCACUUGAAAAGUUCGUAAGCUUUCAAUGUUUAUUAACUUGAUCGUUUUAUUGUUGUAAUGAGGAGUUUUGAGUAUUAUCACACGUUAUUUAGAGUUCACAAUUGUCAUGAAAAAGAAAGUGAAUCUCAUAUCAUAUUAGCCGAGUAUAAUAGAGGAGAUACAAGUUCGUGAUUAUUCAUUAUGUGUUGGCGUUUUUCUUCUCUACGUCUUACGUAGCUUACACCAUACUCGAUACACUUGAACAUACACUAAGUUAAGCCGCCAAAUCAGAUCAACUCGGGCUGUGGUUACCACAC